CAUACCAGUUAUAUAAAGAAAUAAUAAUCUCCUCCUUUUAUUUUAAAAGAACUAUUAUUAAAUUCUUAAUAUCAUAAAUAAUCUAAAAUUAUGUUUCACUUUGCGAAUUCCGAAGUUUUGUCAAUGUCCUUAUCGGCAGUCACCAUGGUUUCUUUAUCCUUUGAAUGUUUUGGAGAUAAUGUGUAGGGACAAUAGUUCCUAGAAGAAAUAAAAUAACUUUUCAAUGCCUUAGUAUAAAUACACAAAACGCAUUGGGAUAUGCAUCAGUGCUUCUUCAGGAUCAGCUUUGGAAAGAACUGAAAUAGACAUGUCCAAAUUAAUAAUAUUAUCGGCAUUAGUAGCAUCUGUGCUAUCAGCCGACAUCCAUCGCGUUUUGGAAAAUCAAGGUCUUCCUGAUAUUCCUGAAGCCGUAGAAACUCAUCCUAUUUAUAAGAAAGCCCGGUCAGAUGAUCAUCAUCCGGUGUAUAAAGCUGAUAAAACUGAGGCUAAGGAAAAGGUGGAGCCUGGGAGAGGAAUGGGAGCAAUAGCUAAGCAUGAUAUGUUAGCUGAUGAGCCUGCGCCUGGGGUGAUGACAGAACCACAAAAUAAUGAAAACAUUCCAGCUACAAGUUACCCUAAUCCAGCCGAAGUAGCUUAUCCAGACAUUCCGUAUGCUCCUGGAUACAACUAUGGGAAUGCCUACGCGGCCCAUGGAUAUGACCUCUAUGGAAACAAUCUGGGAGAUUAUUUAUUUGAGCCCGAUACGUCAUCCGUAGGCCUAUUGUGGAGUCAAGUACCUGAUUCAAGGACUAUGGUCAGCUAUGUAGGCCGUACCAUAAGCUGGGUGUUUAGCAGUAUUUUCGUGCUUAUGCUCGGUUCUCUAUUAACGGUAGGAGUCUGCAGCUACACUAACCUUUGCGCCAUUACGUUUAAUGGAGUGGGCCCUAUCCAUGAAGAGAUGAGGUCUCUUAUUACGCCUGAAAGAUUGGAGAAAAUCAGCACAGCUGCUGACUUUGUUAAAACGGCCAUUAAUAAGUACCAGAAGAUACAGCAAGUGACUGAUAAUGUUGGGGCCAGGCGACGUAGAUCACUAUAA